AUGGUCUCCACAAUUGGGAAGGAAGCGACAACUAAUGCCACAGCUAUAAAUUCGAAUAACACCAAAAGCACGGCGAACUCAGGAUGGACUCAAAGCCCAGAUGGACGAGGCAGUUUUGACAUACUCUGGAAUUGUGCCUCUGUUAUGAUAUUAUGCUCCUGGUCGAUACUCUGUUUAAAUCUUCCUGCUCCAGGCGAAACUGUCUUUGUGGGUAUCUGCCGACGAUUGUCGCUUACGGCUCUCGGGUUUCUUGGCCCCGAAUUCAUCCUGCAAGCAGCAAUUGGGCAAUGGGCAGCAGCUAGGCAGUCAGUUAAGGAGUUUAGCGGGGCUGGGAUUGAGGGAUGGGAAAUGAUUCAUGCCUUCUUUGCAAAUGCUGGAGGAGCGAAUACAUUCUCUUGGAUUCGACUGAGAACAUUAAAAAAAACUGUCAAGGACCGGAAUAAGACAGAUGGUGUUCUUCGGGCCAUCACGAUCCUCCAAACGACCUGGUUCAUGGUGAACUUUCUUACUCGGUUGAUGGAACAAUUACCAGUCACUGGAUUGGAGAUUACAACAGUGGCAUUUAUAUUGUGCGCCUUGGGCACUUCUGUGUGUUGGUGGUAUAAACCUGCAGACGUAACUACCUCGAUAAUAAUCUCAUCUCAAUUCACCAUCGCCGAGAUCCAAAAUGGUGCCACAGUGACCAGACAUGACCACUCACCGCUUGAUUGUAUCGUCCCACGUCAAGAAUGGCCAUGGUCACGCUUCUGGCAACAUUGGAUCAACAUCCUCCGGUGGAUGAGAAUCGAGAAAGUCCUCUUUGUCGAAUACGCGAACGAAGCCGGCGACGGCGCUUAUAUCACGAGAAUUGAGAAUACAUAUUGCUAUCCUGUCAUUUUCUUAUCAUCCUGGAACGAGACGUUCCCAACACAUGUCGAACAAUUGCUUUGGCGCAUCUCAUGCGUUGCACUUGCAGCUACUAUUGUCAUAUAUUUUAUCAUUGUGGUGUUAUGGUGUUCCGAAUCAGACGAUGAACGAAAAGUCCGACGAGAGAUCCGGGAACAGAAGGCUGCAAGACGACAAAGAAUUUCUUCUGGAAUAUUGCACGGCGCAUCGCAAUUUAAUCAAGUCUUAUACAAGACCACAAGUCUCCAGUGGUGGUAUGAUUCCAAAGCCAAAAUAAUCAACAAUUCCAAAACAAAUGAUCCAUUACUCGACGUCAACCCAAAAGCCCAAAUAACGGAUUUGACACAAUUGAGGUCGAUGCCCAAAGGCGCAUAUGAAACUGUACAUUGGCCAAGUUGGUUCCCUCAUAUUGAAUGA